UUACUCUCAGCCUGUGGCAACGCUGUUGGCAAGUGCAAUUAAAAUAAUGCAAUUGUCGUUACGUCUGCCUCCUGGCGCGCUAUGCCGCCUAGCAUCAGUAGUGGGUGGCUCAAGGACUCGAUCUAGCAGUAGUGCCGCCGCCACAGAGAAAUCCGCCCCGACACCGUCUCCCACGGCCACAUCCAAUCAGCCCGCUCAGCUGGAGGUAAAUGGGAGCACGUACGCCACUGAUAGCUGGACAAAUGUAACGCCCAAAAUUCUGUCAUAUUUGGGAGCUAACAAGCAUUUGCAGCGGGAUCAUCCACUCUCAAUUAUACGGCAAAGAAUCGUAGACUACUUCUAUGGAGCGUACAGAAAUCAGCGCGGGAAUCCACUCUUCUCGGUCUACGAUAAGAUGAAUCCUGUGGUUACAGUGCAGCAAAACUUUGACAAUCUGCUCAUACCCAGUGAUCAUGUGAGCAGGCAGAAAUCCGAUUGCUAUUACAUUAAUAAGCAUCAAUUACUGCGAGCCCACACCACAGCCCAUCAGGUUGAAUUGAUUUCUGGUGGAUUGGACAAUUUCCUGGUCGUCGGUGAGGUCUAUAGGCGUGAUGAAAUCGAUAGUACACACUAUCCAGUGUUUCAUCAAGCCGAUGCAGUGCGUCUUGUAACCAAAGAUAAGUUAUUUGAACGUAAUCCCGGGCUGGAACUAUUCGAAGAGACGUGGUCCGGCAAAUUAGCCGAUCCGCGACACAUAUUGCCUUCAGCAAAAAUCAUGGAUCAAACAAAGCAACCCUGCCAUACUCUGGAAGCUGUCAAGCUAAUGGAGCACGAAAUGAAACAUGUCCUUGUUGGUCUGACAAAGGAUUUGUUUGGCCCGCGCAUCAAAUACCGCUGGGUGGACACAUACUUUCCAUUCACCCAACCCUCCUGGGAACUUGAAAUCUAUUUCAAAGACAAUUGGCUCGAGGUUUUGGGUUGUGGUAUCAUGCGGCAUGAGAUUCUCCAGCAGGCUGGCGUUCAUCAGUCCAUUGGCUAUGCCUUCGGUGUGGGUUUGGAACGUUUGGCCAUGGUGCUCUUUGAUAUUCCCGAUAUUCGUCUCUUCUGGUCAAAUGACAGUGGAUUUCUCUCGCAAUUUAGUGAAAAGGAUAUCCACAACCUGCCCAAGUACAAAGCCGUUUCGCAUUAUCCGCAAUGCACAAAUGAUUUAUCCUUCUGGUUGCCCUCCGAUGUAGAAUUAGAUGCGGGUUUCUCGCCCAAUGAUUUCUACGAUUUAGUUCGUUCAGUGGCUGGAGACAUGGUGGAGCAGAUAAGUCUUGUGGACAAAUUCAAGCAUCCAAAGACUGGUAAAAAUAGCCUUUGCUUUCGCAUCGUCUAUCGGCAUAUGGAACGUACCUUAACCCAAGCAGAGGUCAAUGAGAUACACAAACAGAUCGCGGCAGCCAGUGUGGAUAACUUUAAUGUGCAAAUACGUUAGGUCUAAGAUUAGUUCAAAUUUCAACCAAAUACAAAGAGUCCGCCGGAUUACGGCUUCCUGUAGAAAAACAA